AUGGAUCCCGCUGCCCGCUUGCAGCUCAGGCUCGCUGCCAGCCUUGAGCCUGCCACCAAGACGAUCGUCGACUAUGCGUACAAUUCCCACGACUACUUCAUCCCAACCGCCGUCCGGUAUCCCCCUCAACUCUACGCCAUGCACAUGCAUGUUGCCAACUGCGCCUAUGCUGUGAUCCAAGGCCUCAUCUUCUUCCACAGCCUCCGCUCCCAGCACCUCUACGCCAUGUGUCGCGAGAAGUCCGGCCCAAACUUCAACAUGCACGCUGCUUCCAUCCGUCGUCUCCAGGAGUGGAAGGAACAGAAAAACCCGGUGAAUCCAACCCUCGCCCCCGCGGCCAAAAUCCCAGCCGCGGCACUUGGAUUCCGCCUUGACCAGCGCGCCUACGAUGCCUACGUCGUCAUGUACGUGGCAACUCUGAAGAAGUUCGAGGCUAUCGAGUACAAGAAGUACUGUCGGGCAUUGAACAUGAUGAAGAAUGUUGCCUUGCAACACUUGGAUCACAACGACUAUCAGAGAUGGCUUCUCUGGUACAACACGACUUUCAAGUCAGCCAUGGAAAAGUGGCAUAUCUUCUUGAAAGAUUUGAAGGUGCCGAGCUGGGAAGACUCCAUCGAUGAGCUUUACGACAUGGUUGUCAAGUGUGUCGAGGAGUCGGAGGAUAAGACUGCUGCACAACUUGCUCAGGGACUUUGUUCUGGACAGAUCAAGAAUCCUUGA